AUGAGACUCACACGUUCCAGCCUCGCCCUUCUCGCUACGGCGGGCUCUGUCGCCGGACAGGGGUGCGACGUUCCCUCCUCCUACAAGUGGACGUCGUCGGGCGUGCUCGCCGAGCCCAAGAGCCCGUGGGUUGCGCUCAAGGAUUUCACCGUGGCGCCCUAUAACGGCCAGCACCUCGUCUACGCGACGACCAACGACGGUAGGAACUGGGGAUCGAUGGCAUUUAGCCCCUUCAAGAACUGGGAGGACAUGGGCUCCGCCACCCAGACGGGCAUGAGCCAGGGCACCGUCGCACCGACACUCUUCCACUUCGCCCCUAAGGAUAUCUGGGUGCUCGCCUACCAAUGGGGCCCGACGUCCUUCUCCUACAAGACGUCGAGCGACCCCACCAACCCGAACGGGUGGUCCAGCGUGCAGCCGCUGUUCGAGGGAAAGAUCUCGGACUCCGGCACGGGCGCCAUCGACCAGACGGUCAUCGGCGACGACGAAAACAUGUACCUCUUCUUCUGCGGCGACAACGGCAAGAUCUACCGGGCCAGUAUGCCGAUCGGCAACUUCCCGGGCAGCUUCGGCACGCAGUCGACCAUCAUCAUGAGCGAUAGCACCAACAACCUGUUCGAGGCGGUACAGGUGUACAAGAUCGACGGGCAGCAGAAGUACCUGAUGAUCGUCGAGGCCAUCGGCAGCGGGGGCCGGUACUUCCGCUCCUUCACGGCGACCAGCCUGGGCGGCGACUGGGCCCCCAACGCGGCCAGCGAGAGCAACCCCUUUGCCGGCAAGGCCAACGGCGGCUCCAACUGGUCCAACGACAUCAGCCACGGCGAGCUGGUGCGUCUCAGCGCCGACCAGACCUUCCCCGUCGACGCCUGCAACCUGCAGCUGCUCUACCAGGGGAGAGACCCAUCAUCGAACGGCGAGUAUAACGCCCUGCCGUACCGCCCUGGCCUGUUGACGCUGCAGAAGUAG